UGUUAUGUAUUUAGCAAAUCAUUGACAUAAUGACAACCUUUCCGGGACGUGAACGUCCGUAUAAGAUCUGGUCAUCAAAUAGAGAGAUACGGAAGUCAGUGGUCGCACAAUCACUUGUCGAGUUGAAAGUGAGGGCCGCAGACAAGUUAGGCUACGAUAAUGUGACCGAUCUUAGGGUUGUCUUAGAAUCAGAUGGAACUGAAGUCGAAGAUGAAACAUACUUCCAAACGGCUGAAAAAGACACCAUAUUUUUGUUGCUCAAAGCCGAGGAACGGUGGUUACCUCCAGGGGUUGAAGCACUUAAAGCCGCAAUAAAUGCGAUCCCAAAGAUAGUAUGUGAUGCUCUUCGUACUCUGGAACUGGUCAAUGUUCCGCCCACUUGGAGUAUCAGAGAUGAUAAGGGAAACGUUACAGUUGUCCUUAAUUGGGAUCAAAAAGAGCGCUUCAGAAAGGGAACCGAUUAUGCGGAACCCACCUCAUGGAGGGUCGAGAUUCAUCCGACACAGCCAUCUGAUGCUCAAUCAUACCCAACUACUAGUAUACCAUUCAGCUCAACUGCCAGCACCAGUCGUGCCAAAGUAUCACUUGAUGGUCUUCAACAGAGACCAAUCACAAAAACACUGCCAUUUAGGACACUGUCCACCGAUGAGGAAGAAGAUGACUUUGAAAGGAUAGAGCAGUUAAGUCCAACACAUGACUUAGAUCACGACCACUCUCUCUGCGACUUUCAUUGCGCUGCACUUCAUAGAGGAGGGGGACAUAUAAGUGUAACCCGAUCUGCAGCUACAUCACCAGUUCAGGAAGGGAUCAGUAUUCCCAUAUUAGGUGCAGGUCUAUCAUCGUCAGCAGAAAGUAUUGAAGCCAUGCGAGCCACUGGAGCCAUCCCUAAGAAGUCCUCAACAGUUAAAGGUCACGUCAGAUUCAUGGACACCGAACCCACAAGAAUUGAGAUCUCAAACAAUAAUAACUCGGAGUCCGAGUCUGAAACAACUGAACGAGAAGAUGAACAGGUCUGCGAACGAUAUCUACUAUUAGUGGAUCAGCUAUCGAUGGAACACAAGAAACACUUAAAUAUCAAGGAUAUCGGUGUCAUAUUAGAAAGACUGAGCUCUAAAAUAAUAGAUAUCGACAAAUUAGAGAGAGAAAAGGAAAGUCAAGAUACACAUAAUUGGGUCAUUAAGGCCACCAUAAGGGGCGAAGUGCUUCGGGAGGUUGGCAUCAUUUACAAUGGACACUAUUAUUGUAUUGCAGAACAUCCGGGAUAUUUCUGA